AUGAAGACGUCAACUCGUGUACUUCUCGCGAUCUACGCACUCUGCAAUCUCAGCGGUACACUAUCCGCACUCGUCAACACGACAAUCGACGACACCUACGGCGACCCGCUCACCGGCGCACAGGUCAGCUACGCGCCCGAGAGUGCGUGGAACGCAGAAGGCCCUGGGACGACCUGCGCCGGGUGCACCGCGCACCCCGCGCAGGCGAGCAUGUACGACUUGACCUGGCACGACGGGACGUUCUCCGUCACGCCCGGGUCCGACAACGACACCGGGUCGAUCCUCUCGCUAUCAGUGCCGUUCAACGGAAGCGUCCUAUACGUCUUCUGCGCCCUGACGUUCACGUACGACCACCCCGCUGGCAACUCCGACAUGCAGUUCUUCAUCGACGGCGCGCGCGUCGGCGCGUUCGAGCUCGCACCGAACGGGAGCACCGCGUACACGUACCAGUACCCGGUCUACGUGAACGAGUCCAUCCCUGUCGGCCAGCACGUCUUCUCGCUCGAGUCGGGGCACGCGGGGAACAAGUCGCUCGUUAUCUUCGAUUACCUCGUUUACUCACAUGAAGAGAACCUCAGUGAGGUUUCCACUUUAGCCCCGCUCAGCACAAGCCCUCAAUCUCCUACCUCUCCUACCAGCCCUGCAGAGUCCCCCGCGGCGACCUCUGCUGGUUCUUGGUCGGCUGCUGCUCCCAAGAUAAAGGCAGGCGCAUUCACUGGAGGCGCACUACCAAUAUUGUUCCUGAGCGCAGGAUGGACGAUUUGGGAAGAAUCACGGAUGUACUGGUAUACGUAG